AUGACCGGCCUCCAGCUAUGCCUCGCUCACUACUGCGACCAACACGGCCCGACCCCGCUGAUGGUCACCGAGGGCCUACCCGUCCCAUGCACCACAUGCUUCGAUAAUGGCCCUGUUGGUUAUGCCGACCAGGAUCAACUCCGACCCCGGACCAGCGUCCCAACGACUGCUGCAUCUCUGAACCAGACAGUGGCCAUGACCGAUGCGCUGCGCCAGAUGCACCUCAACCCCCAUCGCAGCUCGUCUAUGCCCACCUCUGAGAACGAAGCCCAGGUUCAGCGCGCCGCCAUUCUUCGUGCGUCCGCCGCCAAUUCCCCGGCUUCGCCACUGUCGCCUUCAGCCAUCGAGACCCCACCCGAAAGCCCCCGCCGCAUAUCAGAGCAGCAACCGCAGCCACGACGAGACUCGAGUUUCCGCAGAACCUACGACGAAUACGUUACGAAGCGCGCCGGCCCUUGCGAGAAUUGCGCCUUGACGCUACCGCAACGACAGGGCAGCAAGGACAAGGCCGACAUGAAGGCCGAGCGUGGCCCUACUUUGCGCACCCGCGCACCAUAUGCGAGAGUAUACGGGCAGGCAUCGCCGCCAGCCUCGUCUGCUAGCGAUACCGACGGAGAAAGCCAACCAGGACGAAUGCACCGAAGAGCAACGGGCUCCUCCACGACGCGAUCCAGCAUGUCCUCGGGGAGACACACAAGUCAUAUCCACUACCUCGACUAUACCUCGACCCACGAACCACUCAUCCCGUCUUCCUUCUCAAUCGUGCGAUCCUCAUGCCUGCGCACGCUCUCGCUGGAGACUCUCCCUCGUGCGCCCGCAAAUCCUACGCCGAGUGCCUCGCCACAGUCCAGCAACAUGCCCGCCUUUGUCACGACGCACAGCGCCGGGGCGGCAGCGUCUGGUGGUCCCAUCUUCUUCGGAGAUCCAGUCAACGGGUACACGACGGCUUACAUUUUCCGCAUCCCGGAUAUGCACGCUAGAGGACACAAGCGAGUAUAUGCCUUCCUUGCCCUGAGCACGCACAAGGAGCGUCUUGCUAUGAAAACAUUUGGAUUUAUGGCUGCUGCCUUCCGUGAUCUUGCGUCAUGGAUCCAACAGCUGGCGGAAGCCGAAGCCGAGAAGGCAGCCGAGGCUAGUCCCGUGGGAGGCCCGCAACACCACAGCUCUUAUCCCAUGAUGACCAGACCGGACAGAGAGGGACCUGACCGUGGUGGCAGCAGCUUUCUCACUGGAGGCGGCGGCUUCUCAAGGCGAAUGGGUGGCGGUCCCGGAGGGGUCUCGCUCAAGGCCCGUGGCCUUGCUGAGCUCGUCGGUAUGCCCGAUUUCUUCAUCGAACUUCAUGCCAAGUUUGUCAAGCUCAUGCUUGAGCUCGGUGUCGUACUAAGCUCCUAA